UCAUUCAACGGCCGUAUAACAAGCUGUCUAAAGAUCGAGCAGCGUCCCGGUGCAUUUACCGACGCGAGUCUAUAAAGACGUCUCUUCAGAUUUGAAGUUGUGCCGGAUACGAUUUGGAGCGUUGAGUUUUUCUCGAGUUUUACUUUUUGAAUUUUUCGUAUUUUCUAGUUUUAAUCUCUCUCUAAUUCUUUUAGUUAUAAGCAGUGACAUAUUCUUACAUAAACUUAGCAGUAAAUAAAGUUAAACGUUUUAAGUGAAAAACAUUGUAUUGCAGUGAGUGGUGAAGCAGAUUAUUUAUAUGGAACCAAAAACCCGUGUCGUCUGCUCAGUUCCAAAUUUGACCUCUUGAGUAUUACCCCGCUGUUCAUUUAACAAGCAACCAAGGCUGAGAGACAAAACUGAGCAUCGAACACAAUCGGAAUCUGAAAAGCUAGUGGGUUUAAUAAUAAUGGCGUACAACAGCUCUGGAAAUAGCACGAUUGACGGUUGGUGUCCUCAUUCCUGUGAUAUAUAUUUGUGUUGGCCGCCAACGCCGCCUGGAAAGAACGCCACUCAAAAGUGCCCUCCCAAAGAAGGAUUAUUAAAAAAUGGUAUUGCAUACAAAUACUGCAGUCCAACAGGAACAUGGGAAACAAGGAACUUUUCAAAUAUGAGUUACACACAUUACGACAACUGUUUUUUGUCACAAUUACAAGAUUUAAUGAAAAUGUGUAAUGAAUUUGGAGAUACCACGUGUCAACAGAUUGCAAGAAUUACCCGAUGUAUAGAAAUGGUUGGACUGUCAUUUUCAUUAGUAUCUCUACUUAUAGCAUUGUAUAUAUUAUUCUCAUACAGGGUAUUAAAAAACAAUAGGACUAAGAUACACAAAAACCUAUUCAUAUCAACGCUACUACAGGUGAUCUUUAGAUUAAUCCAGUAUAUAGAUCAAGAGCUUGAUAACCAUGAUAAGUUUUUAAACAAUGGUUAUCUGUAUCAAAUUGACAUAGCGCUGUUAGAAUAUUCUAAAACAGCAAUGUUUCUCUGGAUGUUCAUCGAAGGUCUUUACUUACACAACAUGAUUACGGUGACAGUGUUUCAAGAAUACAAUUAUAUCAAAAUUUACUGUUACUUGGGAUGGAUAAUUCCAGCUCUUAUGACAGCCGGGUGGCUUAUUGCGAUGCUGAUAGAAGAAGCGGAAUGGUUAUAUUACUACUUUUUAAGUUAUUACUGGAUACUUGAAGGACCUCGAUAUGCUGUUAUUAUAAUCAAUCUACUUUUCCUUCUCAAUAUUAUAAGAGUGUUAAUAGUGAAGUUACGAGAAAGCCACACCAGCGAGAUCGAGCAAGUACGGAAAGCCGUGAGGGCUGCGAUCUUCCUGUUGCCGCUUAUGGGAAUAUCUCACAUUUUAUUUUUGCAGUUCAGAUUUAACGAAGCUUGGAAAUUUGCCGCUUGGUCCUUUGCGUCCUAUUUCUUAGCAACAUUUCAAGGAUUUUUCGUGGCUGUACUUUACUGCUUUCUGAACGGAGAAGUACAGACAGCUAUAAAAAAUAGCUUCUAUCUUCGAAUGUCUCUUCGGAACAACGACUACACACCAUGCAGAAAUUUUGCUCUUAUAUCACUAGCUCCUGAAAAUGGAACAAUUCAAAAUGGCGAAACGUCUAAAUGGGUAUUUUGUUGCAAAUAUAAAAGACCUUCCGCGGAUGAAACGGAGAUUCGCUCUUCUCGUGAUAAUUGGAGUUCCAAUCAUAUUGUAGAAGAAACAGAUACUUCUCUUAUUCACGUACCGCUUACUAAGGACUAGUUAUUGUGAAUGUUUCUGUGUAAUGAUUCUGAUUUUUAUUUUACCAACAGUUUUUUGUAUGUAAACAUGUACAUCGAAAACAUAAAGCGUUGCUAAAUUAUUAUAUUCCACAGGUUUUGCCUCAGUUACUCAACGAUAGCAAAGGACCUUAUGGAAAAGUGA